CCCGACUUCCUCGCCUGGUGCUCAGCAGAGGCUGGACUGAACCCUGAUUAUGCAUGGCUCUGGGUCGGUUUAGCUGCCUGCUGCCUGCCUGCCAGUCCUCUGCAGACUUCAGGCUGCACACAGCUCCUCCACAGCCAACAUCAGCAUAUUGAAGAGGAAAACCCGUGCACAGCGUUUCAUACUGACACAGGGUGCAGCGCCCCGUGCAGACAGCCUAAAGUGGAGCCAGGAAGAUGCCACCCCCUCCCCCCCCCACCCCCGGGGCCUCCCCCCCCGCCCACCUUUGCAGUAGCCAACACAGACAAGCCAACUCUCAACCGCUCAGCGCAGAGUGGAAGGAACGCUCUGUUGGGUGACAUCUCUAAAGGCUCCAGAUUAAAGAAAACCGUCACCAAUGACCGCAGCGGACCCACACUGGAUCAACCCAAAGGAGGAGGAGGUGGAGGAGGUGGAGGAGGAGGUGGAGGAGGAGGUGGAGGAGGUGGUGGAGGAGGAGGAGGGUCUCCUGCCUUAGGAGGCAUGUUUGCAGGAGGGAUGCCCAAACUGAGGUCUGCAGGAGGCGGUAGUAGAAAUGACUCAGCCCCCAGCAGAGGACCCAUGCUCCCACCUGGAGGCCGCUCUGGUGGUCCCAGUCCCUUCGUGGUGGGGGGGGGUGGGGGCUCCAUCGUCCCGCCCAAACUCCCAGCAGCCCCUUCUAGCGCCCGUAACAGCGUCCCUGAUCUUCCAAAGGGCCGACCGAGUUUCUCCUCCAGACAGGACACUCCGGGCGGCCCCCCCCUCCCGUACCCACACAAUACCUACCCAGCCCAGAACUUCCACUCUCGCGGGGCCCGUCUCCCCCCCUCCCUCCCUGCAGGACCCCGACCCACCUCCGGACCCCCGCUUCCGAGCGUCCCACCAGGGAGGCACGGCCCUCUCCCCCCCCCCCCACCAGGCGGCCCCUCGUCUGGGUCGAGACAAGGGUUCUCCGCCCCUCUCCUCCGCCCCCGAAACAGCAGCAGCAGCAGCAGACCCACGUUACCUCCGACCCCUGGAGGGAGGCCUCCUCUCCCUGACGAUAGACCCCCUCCCCCCCCAGCUCCCGCGGGGGGUCACAGGCCGUCGAUGCCCCGUGAUUUCCCGCCUCCUCCUCCCUCCCUCAACUCCAAACCUCCCUCCUCUCCGUUCUCCUCCUCCUCUCGGCCCUCAGUCGGUGGGGGUGCCCCUCUUCCUCCGGGACGACCGGGACCCCCCCCUCUCCCCCCCUCGCCGGCUGGAGGGGACGACCACAACACGCCUCGCCUGCCCCAAAGAAACAUGUCACUCAACAGCCAAGCUCCAGUUCCAGCCCAUGCCCGGGCAGGUCCUCUGCCUCCUCCACCCAACGAGAGACCCCCAGCUCUUGGGAGGAACCCAUCCUCAUCACGCACAGGUCCUCUUCCUCCCCCUCCUCCCUCAGGUCGUGGUGUGGGGGGGGGCAGUGUGAGGUCAUCACCAGCUCCUUCUCCUAUUGGUCGGCCCAGCCCAGGACCUGGAGGUAGACCCCCCCUCCCACCGGACAGGCCCGGUGCAGGGGGGGCUCCUCCUCCUCCCCCCCCCAUGGGCAACGGAUAUCACAACCAGAUACAGGAUGAGUGGGAGAGUCGGUUCAAUUUCCAUCCGGUGUCGGACCUACCUCCGCCGCAGCCAUACGUGCACUUCCAGAAGACUUACCCCAGCAAGAUCGGCAAGUCCGACAACAGAGGUUCUGGUAAAAAGGAGAGAGGAGCCCCCCCUCUUCCUCCUAUACCCAGGUGAAGAAGACGUAGCAUCCAAACAGCCCUGGAACAACUUUCUCUGCUUCUCUCACUGUCCUCCUCUCCCUCUGUGUUGCGCUCAUUGUGCUUUUUACCUGCGGCAUGUGGUUUCAUUUGUGGACUGCAACAUGUGAAAUGGACCUGAAGUACGGGGGACCAAGUAACAGGACACACUCACAAUGUGGAGUUUGCAUCAUGUGCCUCUGUAGCAAAAUAAAAACAGUCAAAGACCAAAGCCUGGUAAUACUCCGGUACUCUGUGUUCAGGUAGAAAUAAAAAGUCGUUAAGCAUUCAGUAAAUAUGUUUUACAACCAUGCUAGACCUUUGUUUUCCGUUUGAUAGAUCACGUAUGAUCAGCAGUAGGUUCACUAACCCUCACUUUUAUUCCAUUAACUCACUUUUCAUCCUCUCAGUGUUACAGUCAGUAAAUUGCUCGUUAGAUAUUAUAUUUUACAAACCAGCUACAGAUUUCUUACUUGACAAACAAACCAACAUUUUGCAUGUAGCAUGAGUGACUUCCCCAGCCUGUUUUCACAGACAGCACUAGAUUAAGCUAAACAACAUGUUAUGGUAAUAUUAUUGCCAACAAUGGAGUGCAAUGGUUACAGUGCAGGGUUUAUAGUGCGACCAAUCGGCUUGUUACAUUGUGUUGGCUUCUUCUGUUCCAGUGUUUCCCUUGUGCCUUAUUCUGUUCAGGAUUGUAUCUCCAGGCUGCUUACUUAAGGGAUUAAACCUUUUUUGUGCCUUAAAUUAUGUAUGAAUGUUUGUUCAGCUGGAUUGGAUCACCUGCUGAUGUAAACAGAAGCAAUAAAGCAGCUCCAUUGCUUCAACAUACUUAGAAAAGUAGUGUCUUAGUCUCAUCGAUACAAAGACAGACAUGAAACCAAACUAAAAUGGACCUCUUGCCACAGCUGCGUAAUAUCAUCCGGGGAAAUGCAGGUGUUUGAUUUUUUGCCAAAGCCACAUGUGCCUUCACAGUAUGUACAUCUGCAUCUGUGUGUUUCUGUUUGAACCACUGAACGGUACUUUUCAUUUGUGACGUGAGGAUGCAUUUAAUGUCUGAGAUGUUUUAAGGGACAUUGUGUGGUGUUGUGGCAGCGUUGGUUUACAAUAGAAGUGAUCCUUAUUUGGCCUGUGUUGUUAAAAAGCUGCGUAUGAAGGACCUGUGUUUAUAUCUUAAUGAUUUAAUCACGUGGUAUUGAAGGACUGUAUUAUUUUAAGUUAUGUUUCAGAACUGUGCAGUAUUAUGUUUGUUUUAUUUUUGCUUCAUCCAGCACUGCUUUGAAUGGUCGUUUGUAUGCGUGAUGUAUUUUAUCAUGUGUUGGUCAAAGUAAGAUUUUCUUAAAGACAAUCAUAUGGAAGUAAACUUAUUUACAUCAAUAAAUAAAAUGCUUUAAGAUGCUUUGUGUGCUCUACCAUCAGUGAAAUGUGCUUUCAUUGGAAUAUACAGAUACUUAAGCACAAGGAACGAUGGAAUAAAAUAUUAUGUAUUACCGAACAAUAUGCAUCAUUUACAUGUAUGUGCAAUAAAGCUGGACAAUGAUUCAACAGUGUGUCAUGAUAUAUAGGACAAGUACGUGAUAUACAAAUACAAAGACUCCAUUGCUUAUCAUAACUUCCUGUCAAACAUGUCUACACAACCUUUUCCUACAAGAUGCAAUAAUGCAAGAAAGAAUGAUCACAGCUUAGAGUGGAGUAAUAAAAUGAAUCAAUAGUUGGUGGUUUGUUUGAAUUAAACUUUGUUAAAAACG